GUCUCAGCGGCAAUGUCAGACAACAACGAGUUAAUUCAAUGGGAAUUGUUACCUUCUGAGAUUGUUACCAAUAUUUUGGUUCGCUUACCUAUCAAAUCCAUAAUUAUCUGUACGUGUGUCUCAAAAGCCUGGAAGUCUCUAAUUCAAAACCCCACUUUCAUUUCCACCCAUCUCCGCUACUCCCACAACAAAAACCUGCUCUUCUUCAACCUCUGCUUAGAGAAUCAGAAAGAAUUCUACGCAUUGCAUAACGAAGAUGAUGAACCUGAUUUCACUCAACACACCAGCUUUGAUUACCCUUUCCUUGUUCCAGACCCUGAUGCAAUAUUCCGUGUGGUGGGUACUUGUAAUGGCCUGCUCCUCUGCCUCUCCAACAAUUUAACCGAGGGAACCAGCAGAUUAUGCCUGUGGAACCCUUCUGUUAGAAAGUUAGUUAAUCUUCCUUUAACCAAUUUCAGUUCUGACGCGUGUAUUGGGUUUGGAUUUGAUCGAAAAACUAAUGAUUAUAAAGUGGUGAGAGUAGUUAAGUUAAUGGAUAGACUUGAUCUUCGAAUUUACAGUAUUUACUCACUCUUCACUGGUGAGUGGAGAAUGCUUAGGGUUGGUUUGGCUCCCAUAUGCGCUUUACGUCAUCAUGAGCCACAUGCAUUUAUCAAUGGGGCUCUGCAUUGGGUUGCUUCUAGGGUUACUGAUAACAAAUCUCUUUAUUUUAUUCUGGUCUUUGAUUUGGGUGGCGAGGUCUUCCGUGAGAUACUGCCACCAGAACCUAUAGGUCACACGGGAAUGAUGUCUGCUUUUGUUUCCGUAUAUAAGAAUUCCAUUGCCUUGAUUCAAAAGGAUAAUAAUGGUUUCCUCCAUAUUUGGGUGAUGAAAGAGUAUGGUAUUUUGUCCUCAUGGACUAAAGUUUUAAGUUUAACCAUUUCCAAUCAAAGUUAUAUCUUCGAUUCAGAGGACAUACCAAGGGUAAUAGGUUUUCGCAGGAAUGGCGAGGUUGUAUUAAAAUUGGAUGGAGGAAAACUCGUCUCGCAGGAUCCUGAAAGUGAAGAGAUUAAAGAUCUUAGAAUUAUUGGAAAUAAGAAUACGUUUGUUGAUCCUUAUGUGGAGAGUCUAGUUUUGCUCGACAAAGCCGCCAAUAGGGUAGUUACAUACUGAAGAAAUUAAAUACGUAAUAUGCAUUUCCUACCUUUUAUUUAUUUUAUGGAUUUUCAUUUUGUUCUAUACAUGUACUUAGC